AUGCCCGAUUCGCUGUUGUCCAAGCUUACUUUCCGCGUCCAUUCGGGUCAGUUGUUUGAGCGCUGCUUUGCUCCGACGGAGUUUCUCGAGUUCACAGACCCGACGGAUACUCUGACCGUGUUCAUACACGAGGACCUGACGAAGGCUAACCCCUUCGCGGGGAUGCAGCUCGUAGAGCUUGGGUUUGACUUGGAGGGUGACCGAUGCGGGCCCAACCGGGUGGCAGAGGGAUACCUCAUUGACAUGUGGGAACGAGCCUGGGGAUUGCUCCAGAAAGUAUAUGCACCACUUGGUGGAGAACGAGUCCCUGGUGGAUCGAUUUUGAAUGAUGAGGUGGCGACGGAAGCGUAUUAUCAGGCAAACCGUGCGUUUCUGCACAACGAGUUCCUGCAGGUGAAGUCACUGGGCGAGAUUCAGCUUCAGGAAUUCUUUGAGAUUGCGAACUACAGUCGCGACCAGAUCGGUCCGAAGCUCGCUGUUGCCUUUCCAAUUACGCCGUGGGGACUGGAAGCCGUCAAGCGGCUGAUGCGCCUGAUGCGCAAAGCCACUUGCUUGGCUGUUCCGCCCCUGGCGGCUCGGCAUGUUUGCCGCGUCAAGCGUCCUGUUGACCGCAUCCGUGCGAGCCGUAGUGCGCAGAAUCACGCCGCGGCUCGAGCGGGCUGGUCUCGUCGCUGGUGGGGCAUGCUGAGCGUGGCCGUGCAGCAGGCGGUUGCGACCGCGGGCCGGAGGACGUAG